GUUUGAAAACUCCUUGAUCUUGGCGUGUACUUCAUUAUUGUCAAGCCGGAAGUUAUAGUUCUCUACAAUAUUUAUUGUGGUAGUGAGAAAACAAUUAAGAUAAUAUGUUAAAACAAGAUGAAAUGGACGAAGGAAGAGUUCCUUGCCCGGAAUGCCAAGAGAGCUUCACAUCCCGAAGCAACAUGCUACGUCAUCACCGUUCCAUACAUGAAGAUAAGCGACUUCAGUGCCCAGAAUGUCCUAAAACCUUCGCCAGAACGGAUGACUUAAAAUGUCACCGUUUCAGUGUGCAUGAACGGAAAGCUGUUGUUUCCCCGUUCACUGCUUCCAAGCAGCCUCGUCUAGAUAUUCUUACUGCACAUCAGAACACUGCUUCGAAUGUUGUUCCUGCUCGUCCAUCAACGUCCCGUGCUACUUCUCUGGUUCCCGAUCAUUCCACAUCUGCCUUUGAAGGGAGGGUAAAAAAUAUUCUUCUUCCCAAUAAUGACAAGAUUAAAGACAUGCCGAAGUUUCUAGAACUCAAGCGAGAAAAUUUUGUAAGAAUAGUAACUUCUCACCUCGUUGACUAUGAACUGAAAGUGAAUGUUAAAUUUCUGUGUCAUUACCAAAAAGUGGCUCAAAGUGGUAUUAUCAGCGAGGGGAAAAAUUUCAAAACAGAAAAUACAGUCAUUACACCUUCUACUAAUAUCCACGAAGUAUAUAGUGCAAAGGUGGAUGAAAUUCUGGCGGAAGCAGAUGAUUUUGAAACAAAAGGAUCUGGAUGGACCCUUGAGGAAAUCAUCAAUUUAGAAGUAUGGUUAAACAAGUACAAUCCACUUCACGGUUCUUCUUACAUUGAUUUACCACUAGUGAUAGAGCAAAAGCACGCCAUCAUCAACGUGCAUAACACCGACAACCGGUGCUUUAUGUGGGCUGUACUCUCUGCUCUCCACCCCGUACCAGAUCAUGCUUCUCGAUGCCAGAAAUAUGAGCCUUACAUCCCCACUCUGGACUUUACAGGAAUAGAGUUUCCUGUGAAAUUACAAGAUGUGCCGAAAUUCGAGAAACUGAAUGGACUUUCCAUCAAUGUGUUCGGGUUGAAAGAGAAUAAUGAAGUGUAUCCUCUUGUCAUCACGAAGGUAAAGAAAUCUACGAAGGUAAAGAAAUCUCGUCAUAUUAACCUAAUGUACCUCACCAAUGCCUCAUCCUCACACUACGCCUGGAUCAAGAACUUGUCUCGGCUCGUCUCCAGACAAUAUAGCAAACACAAGACAAGCCAUGUUAUCUGCGAUUGUUGCCUGCAGUUCUUCCAAACGGAAACAAUGCUCCGUCGUCAUCAACUUAGCUGCAGCCAGGUGCAAGUGCGGAUGCCCGAGGAUAAGUGGCUAUCCUUUAAAAAUUUUAAAUAUACGCAACCGGUACCAUUUGUCAUCUACGCUGACUUUGAAUGUCUCCCACAACCUCUAGACUCCUGUUCACCUGAUGCUAAAGGCUCUUUUACGGUGGCAUAUCAGAAGCACGAGCCGAUCAGUUUCUGCUAUUACAUUGCCUCGACAAUGGGAACAUAUAAGGAACCAUUUAUCUACCGGGGUCCUGAUGCCGGGAAAGUUUUUAUGGAGAGAAUGAAAUUGGAGGCUGAAGAUAUUCAUCAAAUAUACAAUAAUCCUCUGCCCAUGAACCCAUUGACUCAAGUACAACGGCGAGAAUUCGAUACGGCUACACAUUGCUAUACCUGUAAAAAAAAAUUCUCCAGGAACGAUUAUAAGGUGAUGGACCACGACCAUCAAACCGGAAAACUUCGCGGAAUAUCCUGCAAUACAUGCAACUUGAAGGUAAGUACACCUAACUUCAUCCCGGUGUUUUUUCACAACUUCUCCGGAUAUGAUAGCCAUCUUUUCAUCAAGGAACUGGGAGGGGAUGAUGGGGAUAUCACCGUCAUCCCGGAGAACACGGAAAAGUACAUCUCCUUCUCAAAGCAAGUGGGAAACGGACUUAGUCUUCGAUUUUUGGACUCUUUCCGAUUCAUGUCAAGCAGCCUCGACCAGCUCGCUAAUAACUUAUCGGAAGACCAGUUCAGGCUGAUUCAGAGAUACUUCUCUCCUUCUCAAGUUCCUCUACUGCUUCGAAAGGGUGUGUACCCUUAUGAUUACAUCUGCCACCCGGAUAAGUUUGCUGAGACUUCAUUACCUCCUAGGAGAGCUUUCUAUAAUCGUCUUAAUGAGGCCAGCAUCACUCAGGCAGACUAUGAGCAUGCUCAUCGAGUAUGGGAUACUUUUGAGUUAAAGAAUCUUGGUGAAUAUGCUGACUUGUACAUCAAGUCAGAUGUUUUACUGCUUGCGGACAUCUUUGAAAAUUUCAGAGAUGUUUGCAGGAAAACAUAUGGACUGGAUCCCGCUUGGUAUUACACGGCUCCAGGACUGUCAUGGGACGCUAUGUUGAAGAAAACUGAAGUCAAACUUGAGCUGUUGGUGGACUAUGAUAUGCAUCUGUUUGUGGAGAGUGGUAUCCGCGGUGGUAUCUCUCAGUGCUCCCACCGACACAGUCGAGCCAACAAUCCAUAUAUGGGGACGGAUUACGAUAAAGACCUACCAACAAAUUAUCUCCUGUAUUUAGAUGCAAAUAACUUGUAUGGCUGGGCCCAAACCCAGUACCUCCCACUGAAGGAUUUCAAGUGGAUAAACCCUGAAACGGACAUCUUGGAGACGCCACUUAACAGCUCAGUUGGAUAUAUCCUGGAAGUUGAUUUAGAAUAUCCGGAUUCCCUUCACGAUCCUCACGCGGAUCUACCACUCGCGCCUGAAAAAAAAAUUCCACCUGGCUGUAAAGAAAAGAGGCUCCUGACCACCUUGGACAACAAGAAGAGGUACGUGCUGUACUACCGGAAUCUUCAACUUUAUAUCAAGCACGGCCUUAAACUCAUCAAGAUACACAGGAUCCUCCAAUUCACACAGUCUCCAUGGUUAAAACCAUACAUCGAUUUAAAUACCACCCGCCGAACAGAUGCAACCAAUGAUUUCGAGAAGAACUUCUUCAAAUUGAUGAACAACGCAGUGUUCGGAAAAACCAUGGAGAACAUCAGACGUAGACGACUGGAUGUGAAACUUUGUGGAAAUGCGCAAAAGGCGGAAAAACUCAUCGCCCGAUCUAACUUCCAGGAUCGCACCAUUUUGUCUGAAGAUCUCGUAGCGUUCCAUAUGAGGCGGAAAACCCUAAUCUUUAACAAGCCAAUUGCCGUCGGGAUGGUCAUACUCGAUGUUUCAAAAACAUUAAUGUAUGAUUUCCACUACUCCGAGAUGUUACCAAGAUAUCAAGGACGUCUUAAACUUCUCUACACGGAUACGGACAGCUUCAUCUAUAACAUCACCACUCCAGAUGUGUAUGCGGACAUGAGGAAAAACUUGGAGCUCUACGAUACUUCAGACUAUCCUGCGAACAAUGUCUACGGCAUCCCCUUAAUCAACAAGAAGGUUCUUGGAAAGAUGAAAGAUGAGACCAAGGGGCAGAUUAUGACGGAAUUCGUUGGCCUGAGGUCUAAGAUGUAUGCAUAUACCGUCGGUGCCCAGGUGACAAAGAAACUGAAAGGAGUUAAGAAGACAGCCAUAGAUCGGAAAAUUGAUUUCGAGGAUUACAGGCAGUGUCUAUUUGAAAACCAAGAGCUCAGAAUUUCGGAAAAUCACAUACGUACAGAAAAACAUAAAGUCUACUCGAUUACUUCCAAUAAGUUGGCACUGUCUUCUCAAGAUCAGAAAAGACACGUCCGUGAAGACAGAAUCAGCACCAUUCCAUUUGGACAUUGUUCAUUACGCAGAAUAGCUCACAAUUAAAAAAGGGAAUAAAAAUAUUAAUUUAAAAAAAAAGAUAAAAUAGAUAGAAUAAGUUAGAGCCGAAAAACUAUAAAUAGCGUUGAAAAAAUUAUAUCAUUUCAUUCAUCAUGGACGUUUUGAAGUUGAAGCAUCCCUUUACGAUGAUCUUGGUUGGACCAACCGGUAGUGGCAAGAUCCAUUACAUACAGUGAUUGAAAACCGCAUGAUAAAGCCAUUCCCAAAACAUAUUGUUAUGGAAUAUAUCAAAAGUUGUAUAGUGAAAUACUUAAUGUUAUUUUCCACGAGGGUCCUCCAUCUGAUUUAAAUCAAAAUUCAAAUGCACUAAUUGUAAUUGAUGAUCUCAUGAGUGAAUUGGGAAAUGAUUCACAGUUGACAAAAUUAUUUACAAAAUAUUCUCCUCAUAAAUCGCUAAGUUUUGGUGGAUCUUUGAGGUGCAAAACAUUUUUCAUAAAGGGAAAGAAACGAGAGAAAUUUCUUUAAAUGCUCAUUAUUUCGUAUUAUCCAAGAAUCGAAAAGACGAAUCACAAGUCACACAUUUAAGACGUCCGCCUUCAGUUGUAUCCUCGUAAACUAAAAUUUUUUCAAGAAUGCUAUGCAGAUGCUACUUCAAAAACUUUUGGAUAUUUAUUCAUUGACUUAAAAUGUGAUACAAAUGAAUCGUUGCGCACUGGAAGAUACUUAUUAUAUGUAUCAACCUCGAUAACUUCAUUUCGACGGUGAAAUUUAAAAUAGCAAGAUGUCUGCCGUAGUGAUUGACUUUGAAGGUUUUCCACUUCCUCACGGAAAUUAUAUCAUUAAAAAACUUGCUUUUCAUGCCGUAGAGGGUUAUUCCAUCUCCGGAGUACAUAUAGUGCGGCUUUGAGGAGAAAAGCUCCCGACAAAAAGUUUGGGACUGUCUGCUGCUAUGGUAACGAGUGAGAUAACAUUUAUAAUGGGGUGUAAUGGAGGAAUGAAGGAGUCGAUUGGUCUACCAGAUUGGCUGCUUUAUCCGCUUUCAAGAGACCUCUUCAAAUUUUUGAAUUAAUAUUUAGACAAUCUUUUGCUUUUUCUUAGGGAGAAAAAAUAAUAUAGGCUUAUACGACACCGUAUUUUCAUUUAUACUUUUAUUCGAUAUGCGUUAAUUUAUUUGGA